AACUGACCAGUGGGCGUGGCUUAAAAAACAUGGCUACGUAUUGUGUGCAAGUAAAGAGUUACUGAUAUGUUUACAUUAGAUUAGUGUUGUGAAUUUUAUUUAUUUAUGUUUACUAUCGAGGAAAUAUUUAACUGGGUCGGAUCAAAUCCAGCUCAGAAGAAUAUUAAAGAUGCCGAGAGAAUAAUAGCAGCGGGUCAUUUACUAAAAUGUGGUAAAAAUAUUGAAAGUAUAAACAGUGAUGUUGUGACUUUUUCGGCAUUGUGUUUACAAACAUCUCAUCUGAAAGAAAAACCUCACGAAAUUGAGGGAUCAGUUUCAAAAUCUGGAAAAAUUUUAAGUCUAAAAUGUUCAUGCAAGGCUGGCAAAGGAACACAAUGCAAACAUGUAGUAGCUGCUUUAUUAUAUUGUUACCGGAAAGGAAAUCAACUAGAUGUUUUAUCUGCGACUGAUAAAAAAUGUGAAUGGAAAAAUAAGCAAGAAAAAAUUGUUAAAGAAUACAAUUCAACACCAAUUCUCCAACAUGCUUGUUUUUCAAAGGUAAAACGUAAAUAUGUAAGUAGCCAAAAUGUAACAGAAGACCCGGUAGCUGCGAAUAAUUCUUCAAGUCAGCAAGAUGCUGAUGAAGAUCUUGAUGAUGUUUACGAAGGUGAAGUCUAUGAAGAAGUUGUUUCUACGAGUGUUAUAAAACGCAAGUCUCCAGGAUGGAUCGACGUAAAAAAGCUUACUGAAGAUGAAAAAAGGCUCAUAGUUGAAAAAGUUCGGACUAGAUUGAAAGACUCGGCGUUUUCUAAGCAUUACAUUGGAAGGCAUGAGUCUGUUGUGGUUGAGCGUAAUCCAGAAGUUGACGUUACAGAUUUAGAAAAGCAACAAUUUAAAAUGAUAUUUACGUUACAACGAAGCGAAUUGUUGGAGAAUAUCCGAAGUUUAAAAAUUGCUGAUUUAAAGGAGUGUUGUGUUGAAACUGUCAAAAUGUUAAAUUGCAAUUGUGAAGAAGUUUGUGUAAAAACAAAAUUAUAUUACUCCGAGUGGCAUAAAGAGAGAAGAUUUCGAAUAACUGGAUCAACUUGUUAUCAGUUAUAUACUUACACAUCAAAUAGGAAUCCUGAUUGGCAGAAAAAAUGUGAUUCUUUUUUCUCUCCAAAAAACUUUCGAAGUGAAUACACAGAUUAUGGGAAAAAAACUGAAGGGGAAGCUCGGGAAUGUUUUAGAAAAGCUACCAAUAAAAUUAUAGUUGAAACAGGAUUGAUAAUAUGUCAACAAAAUCCGUGGCUGGCAUACUCUCCUGAUGGUGUGAUUUUCAAAGAUGGACAGCCGUCAGAAUUAUUGGAAAUUAAAUGUCCUUUCCAAGGCAAAUCCAAAGAUAUCGAUACUGUUCUUAAUUCUGUGGUAGGGAAAUUUUUAAUUCGAGAUGGUGAAAACUUAAGCUUGAAGAAAAGACAUGAGUAUUAUGGACAAGUGCAAUUAGGAAUGGCUGUUGUCAAUGUUCAAAAAACGUCAUUUGUGAUAUAUUCAUCGUUUGACAAACGAGCUUGCAUUAUGACUGUUAAUUUUGAUAGUGUAUUUGUUGAAAAAAUGUUGUCAGCUUUAAAAAACGCAUAUUAUCAGAGAAUGCUACAUUUUAUUUGUACAAUGAAAGAUUCUGAAAAUAAUAACUAAAUUGUUAGCCAAAGUUCAUUACAAUCUUAAGUAAUAUUAAUAAACAGAAGAAUUUUAUA